ACGGUCUACGUGCUGCGGACACGACGGAGGAGGACUUGAACACUGCUGGUCGCAAGAGGACUAGUUGUUGUAGUAGCGAACCAGUGGCUUUUGGGCGUCGCGACGUCGUCGCCGCGAGGACACACAGUGAUCAUCGGGAUGUCGCCGCCGCGCGGAUUUUGAGUGAUUGUCGAAGACAAGUGAUCGGGAUGUUGCGCGGUGGUGUUAUUGUUGUGGAGGGCGCAUCGACGGGCCCAAAUAGUAAUAGUAGUAGUAGUAAUGAUGAUGAUGUGAAGAAGAGGAAGGAAGUUGAAGAAGACGCCGUUGUCAACGACGGAGAGAUACGACUUCUACAAGACGACGAUUGCAGAAAAAAACGUUGUGUUGAUAGAUACGACAGUUCGGAAUCUUCAGACAGUGGCGUCGCGGUAUUGAGUUGCACGGAUUGCAGUGGAAGCAGCACGACCAGUGAUAUCACCGAUCCGGGAUCACCGUUUAGCGUAACGAGUAGUCAUAGCGAAGAUUCUUCCGGUUCGAAGAUGACUCCCACUCAAAGUGCUCACCAUCCGCCGUGGUCGUGGACGGAGGAGGCGAAUCCCCCGCCGAAAAGGCCCACGGACGAAAAAGAAGCGUUGGAAAAACGGCUAAAAAUCGACGGGGAAAAGAAAGAGAACGCAUCAUCACCAACUUGCCUGAAUAUCUUAGUGAAUUCAACUAGAUCACACGCACAAAUACUGCCUAAAGAAAAUGCUAGUCUAAGUAAUAAUUACAAUAAUAAUAAUAAUAAUAAGGUUACGAAACAUAGUGGUAAGAAGAAAGUUGAGGUCGCAAUAGCUCCCAAAAUGCAACAAGGAAAGAUAACGGAAUAUUUUAAAUCGAGCGCGAAAACCACAAGCAAUCAAUUGAAAUCGAAAAAGAAUAAUUUGAAUAAGGGAAGAAAUAAGAUUACGCCGUCUGUUUCAUCGAUACCUAGAAAAAUCCUUCCGGCUCCUAGUAAAAUUCCGGUUGCUUCAUCUAUUAAUAAUUUUAUUAAUCACCCGGCGGUGACAUUAACAGCGGUUGCGUUUCCACCGAAUCUUACGUAUCUUCACGCAAAGGCUCCAAAACCGCCCGACAACAUCUUCGUUCCCCAAUUCACCACGAUUGACAACCGGUGCCUAAACAUCAUCCAGCCUUUCAACAACUUUAAUAGUUGCGUGAAGCUCAAUGCCACUGUAGUGCCUAUCGUAAAAUUGCCUUCAAGAAUAAACGGGUCGAAUUUUAGUGUGUUAAAUUUACCAAAACAACAGCAACAACAACCAUCAAUACAACCUCCCAGUCUUAGUCUUUCGACGGCAGCUCAUCACCCGUCGUCGUCAAUCCACCAUCAAACCCUCAAGACCCAGACGUCCUCCGAAGCGGCGAGCGAAGCUUGUAGUGAAGCGUCUUCGAUUGAAACGUCAUCGUUAGAUACUGCUUCAACAACCAUUUUAACACCCGAGGUAGCAGUGACAGGCGGGAGUUUGGGUCCGGCAACUCCUGAUAGCUCCGACAGCGGGAUCUCGAGUAGUAGCAAUACAUUGGAAAUAAGUGUGAAUGAUGAGCACGUGUCCGAAGCACAGAAAUCUCCGAUUCUUUCACAACCGAAAACGAUUCGGUUUCCUGCCAAACAACAACCUCCGAAUACUAAGGAGAAGAGGACGCACUCCAGCGAUCAAGUCGUGUGUCACUGGGCUAAAUGUCAAGCGUUAUUUGAUGCCAGUGGAGCUUUAUUAGAACAUCUACAGUUAGUACACGUUGUACCUCAACCAGCUCAAGAAGAACAGUACGUCUGUUUGUGGGUUGGAUGUAAAGUUCAUGGCCGCAAGUCUUGUUCUCGUUCGUGGUUGGAAAGGCACGUGUUGGCGCAUGCUGGAACUAAACCAUUUAGAUGUAUUGUGGACGGAUGUGGAAUGCGAUUUAAUUCACAGUUAUCUUUGGAAAGACAUGUAAAUAAUCAUUUCAACACCGAUGGCAAUCAAAAUGGAAGUGGGAAGAAGCAAGUGGACAAUAAUUCUGCAAAGUUAUUUAAGCGAAAUGGGAAAAAAUUAAGGUUUCGAAGGCAACCUUGGUCAGCACGCAUGUUCGAUUUUAUCGAUUCCGGAAUCAUGGAAGGUUUACAACAUCGACUUUUAAUGUUGACCGAAAAAAGAACGCUUGGUCAAUUCGAAAACGCGCCGGGGGAUACUUUAACUCUUCAAAGUCAAAUUUUAGCCAGGAGGAUAGAAGCUGAUGGACAGAAAAAAGUUUUAUUAAGGUGGCACCCUCAAAAUAUAGUUCCAGAUGAAUGGGUGAAUGAAUCAAACUUCCAACAAACAAAAUACAUGUCGAUACCGAACUUGGAGUGUUCCGCCAAAGUGGAAUUAAGUCCGUUUUUGUUUAAAGAACCAACAGAGAGUCUACAAUCGAGACGAAAACACCGCCGGAAGCCGUGUAAAGCGGUCACGUGAUAAACAUAGUAUGAAGAGAGAAAUAACGACUCAAAAAUUUUCGAGUGUGUCUUAAUUUAAAUCAAAUCAUCAAUUUUUUCAUAAAUUUUUGUUUGUAAAUACGCAAUAAUAACAAUAAUUUUAAUUAUUUAAUUUUUUAAUUAACGAAUUUAUUUUUUACGAACUACAUCGAUGAUCUCACUUACUUUAUUGUUAUUAUUAUUAUUAAUCGAUUAUUUUCUUUAUAAAAAAAAACACACUUGGAAAUUUUCUUUUUUUGUCGUUUAAUGUAGUAAUAAUGUACGUACGAAAGAAAAAAAGAAAUAAUAGAGUUGAUGAUUCGUAAAGAAAAGCAUAGAAUCGAUUUUUUUUUUUGUACAUUUCUCGUGAAGUCUUUCACUUUGUAUAGUAGAUUGUACAUGACGUGUUGUAAGUAUACUGAGUAAAUAGGGCGUAGGUAAGGUAAAAAAAGUUAAUCGUCGAAAUUGGAAAUGGGAUUGAAUUGAGUUUUGAUCCGGCUUCCGGUUUUCGAGGAGAAAAUAACCAGCAAACUGACACUGCCACAAUUUAACUGGUUGUUUAGGUACAUGGUGAGCUACUUCUAAAAGCGAUUUUUCUUAUUUUAUAUUAAUUUUUCUUGAAUAAGAAAAAUCGUUUAAUGUGCUCGAUUAAUCUAGGCCAAUUAAUAAAAAAGAGUAAUUUAAGUUAAUCGUAUUUUCAUUUAAGUUUUUUUGUAAAAAAUUAAUUGUAAUAAUAAAACAGGACAAAAACACCAUGUGUUCUAAAUGUCGCUUAAAAGGAAUACAUUUUUCGAAUUUUUCUUACUAUUUCUUUUUUAAGCGACUUUGUAAUAUUAUUAAGGCGCGUCGAUUUAUGUUUCUUUUUUUAAAUCAACAGAAAAAAAGAGAAAAACAUGUGAUUUUUUUAUAUAUAUACGUUAAUGUCGUUAUUAUCGUAAUACUUUGUAUGCAUUUUUUUCUUAUUUACUAUAAUUAUCGUUUAAUUAUUUUUCGUUUAUGAAUUUUGUAGAUGAAUUUUGUAGCAAGUUAAAAAGAAAAAAUAAUCAUUUUGUCUAUAUUAUAAAAUUUUCUUAUGUGAGGAAACAGAUCACUGCCAAAAAAAUAACUGCCCAGAGAUGGUUUUAGUAUGUAGUUAGGUAAAUUUAUAGUUCGGUUUAAUAAUUUUUUAAUAAUGAUUUAAAACGAUUUAACGCAAUAAUAUUAAGCAAUUUUUAUUAUCUAAAUGGAAAGUCCUUUAACAUUUAUGUUAUAGAUUUAAGUUUUCAAUAAGUUAGAUUUGAACUUCUUUUAAAAGUAAUGUUGUGGGGAUUUCAAAUUUAUUGGGAUAUCAAUUAAGAUGAGAUUGACACAUAACUCUUCUCAUUCUCUUUUUCAAUCUCUUAGACUUGAUUCAUCUACGUUCAUUUAAGUGGCUAAUAAUGCUUCUCUUGGUGUUUUGGUAAUCACAAAAUUGGUAUUAUGCUAUAUUUUGUUCUAAUAAUAUUAUUAAAUCAACAUCCAAGCUUACUUUGUGCAUUUAUAUCUAUCUAAUAACUAAUAACUUCAAAUCUAAUACUAAGAACAGUUAAGAUUAGUUUUGUUAUUUUCUUUUAUCUUCUGAAGCAGUCAAUAUUAUUUAUAUCAUUAUCACAUUGUUCAAACCAACUCAAAACCUCAAAUUCAUCUCUCUAUAAUUUGUUGUUAAUUAUUUUAGUUGUAUUUCUCUCUUCUUUAUUGCGUAUAUAAAAAUUACACCAUUUAUCAGGUUGAUACAAAAACCUUGAUGAAUCUAAGACACAACACUUUCAUUUCAAAUUCGAGUUAUAAUGGAUUAGAAUUGCAUCAUUUGUGUGAAGUACUCCCAGAAUUAAUAUAAUGUUAAUAAGCUGCACAUGUCCAUAUCAUUUUAAGAUAUUGAAUUUUUGUGCUGCAAUGAAUUGCCUAUAAAUUGGAAAAUAACUUGCUUUGAAUACAGUUUUUCAAAAAUUCUGCUUCUAGAACUUUCUUUUGAGUUGGAAGUUUUUUUGUAGCACAGAUGCUUCAACUGUAAUCCCCUGCUUCCUGUGUAUGUUUGAAAAUCGCCAACUUGCCCUUUAUCAGCUCGAACUCAACACUUACACACUCUU